AUGGAUAUGAACCAUCUCAUAGGUCAGCGUUUUAACCUGAUCUCCAAGAGUGACAUUCGUUAUGUUGGUACUUUACAUGAGAUCAACCCUGAGGCCUCGACGAUAGCCCUUGAGAAUGUCGUCUCUUUCGGAACAGAAGGCAGACGAGGAAAUCCGGCUGAGGAGAUCCCUCCGUCUGCCAGUGUCUAUGAAUACAUUGUCUUCCGUGGGAGUGAUGUAAAGGACAUUAGCGUAGCUGAGGAGAAGAAGGAGAAUGCACAGCCUGAACCUCCUCGGGUGCCAGACGAUCCCGCCAUCCUAGGAGUAAGUUCAACCGGACCUCUGAAUUCUUUCCCCCUUCCCUUCAUUUCAUGGGAACCCAUGCUUGCAAGUCGCUCGAACUUGACACGGUCGGGACCUUCUCAAUCUCAACCACCACAACAGUCUCAGGCUCCUCGCCCCAACCCCCCUGGAUAUCCUCAGCAGCCACAAUUCCCAGGCUUCUACCCACCUUAUGGACAACGCUUUGGCGCUCCUGGCUUCCCACCUGGACCUGGAUUCCCGAACAUGCCGUAUGGUGCUCCACCGGGAUGGUACCCUCCUCCUGGUCAGGGAUUUCCUCCAGGACCAGGACAAUUUCCUCCUCAAAUGCCUAUUACUGCCCCUGGACCCCAAAGUCCUCCCCAGAAUCGAGCUGGAGCCCCGGGCGCGGGUCCUGUAAAUGUACCCAAGGCCACGUCAGAGCUCCCGGUGGGUGACCGGCAGACGAGUAAGCCCGCUAGCCGGAAUGCCACACCUGCCCCUGCUCCAUCUGCACAGAAUCCUCCACCACUCCCUGUCGAGUCUAAGCCUUCCGUAACAGAAGCCGUAAAGGCCUCUACUUCCCAAAGUGCGCAAGCAGCUGCUCUUGGAGCUGGCCCGGGAACACCGUCCAAGGUACCUCCGACUGGACCUAAGGGCAGUCGUGCUCAGUCAGCGAUUCCUGUUACCAACCUACCUAAGCCGCCUAUUCCGGCAGUAGCCAAUCCUCCUCUUGCUAGUGUUCCUGGAAAUAAUGUGUCACAAGGACCUGCGUUGUCCGCUAUCACGGAGGCUACUCGUGCUGCAACUGCUGCGGUGGCUGCCGCCAUGGCCAAGCUGCCACAGCCUAAUGCUCAGAAACAGUCGGUGCAGGAUGCAGCUGUUGACGCCGUGACUAAGCAGAUGGGUGAAUUGAAGACGCACGAAGGCGGCCGUCCUCCACGCGGUGGACAUCGUGGUGGACGUAGUGGUCAUCGCGGCCAUCACCAGGGACCAGCCAAGAAGGUUGAAGUUCCCGACACUGACUAUGACUUUGAAAGUGCCAAUGCCAAGUUCAACAAGCAAGAUCUGGUCAAGGAAGCUAUUGCCACCGGCUCUCCUGUGACCGAGGCCGGAGCACACGUCGAGAAUGGUGAGGUCGAAGCUGUUGAUACCGCUCAUCAUGCGCCGUCCACCACUGCUUCUGCUUACAACAAGUCCGCCUCAUUCUUCGACAACAUCUCCAGCGAGGCUCGCGACCGCGAGGAACGCUCCGGAGGUCGACCUGGUGGUCGUGAGUGGCGUGGCGAAGAAGAGAAACGGAACAUCGAGACCUUCGGCCAGGGUAGCGUUGAUGGCUAUCGCGGUCAUUACAGAGGCCGUGGCAGAGGCAGAGGCUACGGUGGCCGGGGCCGUGGUGGGUAUGGUCGCGGCUACAACACUCGAGGCCGUGGUAACUAUCGGGGGCGCAGCAACUCGCAGUCUACCGGGGUGCCUGCACCGGUCUAA